UAAUAAGUGUUUUGUUGAAAGCAAACAAUUGACAACCAACAUUUGCCGAAGAAACAACGAGUAAACUUAGUGAGCUCAUUAAGUGUAAACAAAUCUAAACGUUUCCAAAGUGAGUGUGAGUGUAUCAAAUGUAAUUUUUGAAAUUAAGAAAUUUGCUGUAAAAAAUUGGUGGAAAAAAAGCUAAAUAAUUUUCAUUCAAAUAAAGUGAAUAUUUCGUUGAGACGAAAAAUUAAAAAAAGAAAAAUAUAAUGUCAUAUUCACCGUCAAAGAAGCGUUAUCGUCGUGAUGAUGAUAAACAAAAAGCGGACAGCGAUGAUGAGUAUGUGCCGUAUGUGCCAGUUCGUGAGCGUAAAAAGAAUGAAUUGAUUCGCUUAGGUCGGAUAGCGCACAUUGCUGAAAAUGCAAAUAAAUCAUCGAGUGAAAAUGAAAGCGACAAUGAGCAGAGCCAAGAAGUCCUUGGAAGAAAAUACAAUAUUAGUUUAUUGGAUCAACACACCGAACUGAAAAAAUUGGCCGAAGCGAAGAAAAUCAGUGCGGCUGAAAAACAACUAAAAGAAGAAGAGAAAAUUCUAGAAAGUGUUGCCGAAAGAAAGGCGCUGAUGGCUGCAUCCGAAUUGGCCAAAGCCAUUGUCUAUGAAGAUCCAAUUGAAACUAGUUGGCGUCCGCCGCGUCAUGUACUUGCAAUGCCCAACUUUAAGUUAGAUGAAAUUCGACAAAAGCAUCGAAUUUUAGUCGAAGGUGAACUAAUUCCGCCACCAAUACGAACAUUUAGAGAAAUGAAAUUACCAAAGUCAAUUCUAAUGGCAUUGGAUAAGAAAGGCAUAAAAAAACCGACACCGAUUCAAUUGCAAGGCAUUCCAACGAUUUUGUCGGGUCGUGAUUUGAUUGGCAUUGCAUUUACAGGUUCGGGAAAGACAUUGGUUUUUGUAUUGCCAAUUAUAAUGUUUUGUGUCGAACAAGAAGUAUGUUUGCCAUUCAUUCGAAAUGAAGGACCGUAUGGUUUGAUCAUUUGUCCGUCACGUGAAUUGGCCAAACAAACACAUGAAAUUAUUCGAUUCUUUUGCGAUCAUUUGAGGCAAGACGGUUUGCCAGAGGUGCGAUCAUGUUUGGCCAUUGGUGGUGUGCCCGUUACCGAAUCCAUUGAAACCAUUCAAAAGGGUGUACACAUUAUGGUUGCAACACCAGGCCGUUUGAUGGACAUGCUCGAUAAAAAGAUGGUGAACUUACGCGUUUGCCGAUAUUUAUGCAUGGACGAAGCCGACAGAAUGAUUGACAUGGGCUUCGAAGAAGAUGUUCGUACAAUUUUCUCGUACUUCAAAGGACAACGUCAAACACUACUCUUUUCAGCUACUAUGCCGAAAAAGAUUCAAAAUUUCGCUCGAUCAGCCCUGGUGAAGCCGAUAACAAUAAAUGUGGGACGAGCUGGUGCCGCAUCAAUGAAUGUCAUUCAAGAGGUUGAGUAUGUGAAACAGGAGGCUAAGGUGGUUUAUCUAUUGGAAUGUUUACAGCGUACCUCACCGCCAGUACUGAUUUUCGCCGAAAAGAAACAAGAUGUGGACGCAAUUCAUGAAUAUUUGCUGUUGAAAGGUGUCGAAGCGGUUGCCAUUCACGGUGGAAAAGAUCAAGAAGAGCGUUCGAAAGCCGUUGAAGCGUUUCGAUCACAAAUUAAAGACGUACUUGUUGCUACCGAUGUCGCAUCAAAAGGUUUGGAUUUUCCAAACGUACAGCAUGUCAUAAACUAUGAUAUGCCCGAUGAUGUGGAGAAUUAUGUGCACAGAAUUGGAAGAACGGGUCGUUCGUCAACCAAAGGUUUGGCCACAACAUUCAUCAAUAAAUCAACCGAACAAUCGGUACUGUUGGAUUUGAAACAUUUAUUGAUUGAGGCAAAACAAAAGGUACCACCAUUUCUGGCCGAACUUUGUUCGGAAAGCGAACAGCUAUUGGAAGUUGGCGAUACACAGGGUUGCAGCUAUUGUGGUGGUCUGGGUCAUCGAAUUACCGAAUGUCCGAAAUUGGAGGCCGUACAAAACAAACAAGCCUCGAAUAUCGGACGCAGAGACUACCUUUCAAACACAGCGGCCGACUAUUAAGAUCAUUCAUCGUCAUACCAAUGUGAAACAAAUCGUUUUUGUUUGUUUUGUAUAAAAUAUGAAUAAAAUUUUGAUUAACUCAAUGAAAACACAAA